GCUAUUCGGGUACUGAUAAGAAUUUGUAUAUAAACGACGGUACUCGUUGGACGGUCGCAAGUCGCGAGCAGAUUUGAUAUAAUUAUCAAACGAAAUCAUUGCAAUCAAAAAUGAUUCUGAUCCUUCUGUUCACGGUCGUGUGUUUGGUGUUGGUCCACGACUUCCUAAGGAAGUGCGGCUACAGGUGGAAGAAAUUGAGCGAGUUUCCGGGAGACAGACCGCUGCCCCUGGUCGGAAAUGCCCUGCAGCUGGGCUUCGAUGCUGAUGAGUCGUCUCACAAACUGAUGGCGUUGUGGGCGAAACACGGGAAAGUGAAUUUCCGCAUGAGUGUCGGUUCGGAAGACUGGAUUCUGCUCUCAAACGUAGACGAUGUUGGAACGAUUUUGAACCAUACGUCCGAGUUGACGAAGCCGUUGGAGAGAAACACCGCGAUGAAGCCUUUCUUCGGCAACUCCGUCUCCAGCUCUGAAGGUGACCGUUGGCGUACUACUAGGAAGCUCAUGACACCGAGUUUCCACUUCAACACUCUGGAGAAGAGAGUCGAUGACGUCAACACGCACUGCGUGGACCUCUUCCGCCAUCUCGACGAGUUCGUUGGCAAAGACGAUGUGGAGAUUUACAAAUAUUUGAAGCCGUACAUGUUCGAUAUUUUGAGCGAAUCACUGAUGGGUGUAGAAUCAAACUUCCUCAAUAAUUUGGAUCAUCCAUACUUAAAGGCGGGUGCAAAAGUGAUCCGGAUCGUCACAGAAAAUUAUUUUUCAUACUGGAGGAACAUCCGACCCAUUUUCGUGCUGACGCCCAUUUACACCGAAAUGAUGGACACCAUUAGAAGCAUUAGAGCCACCAGCUCCGACAUCAUCAACCGAAGAAGAGCAAAGAUCAAUCAAAUGAGAGACGACCUAAUAAAUAAUAACUUGGACUGCGACGUGUCGGAGCACGUUGAGAAGAAACUCAAUGACAAUGCGUGUUUGUUAGACAAGUUCCUCCUCGGGAAGAACUCGAAGGGCGAGCCCAUCCCUGACGACGUGAUCUCGGAUGAGGUCACUCUCGUUUGCUACACUGGACACUAUACGACAACGAUGACAAUGGCACACACACUUUACUGCUUAGCGAAGUAUCCAGAAAUACAAAAGAAAGUCAUAGAAGAACAGAGACAGAUCUUAAACAACGAUUUGAACAGAAUUCCAACAAACCAGGAACUGAAUCAAAUGAAGUAUUUGGAGGCAGUUAUAAAGGAGAGCAUAAGAGUUAUUCCAACCGUCACAAAAAUAGGUAGACAGCUGCAACAAGACCUGAAAUUCAAAGACGGCCGAGUCGCUCCCGCGGGUACCUCUGUUAUAGUUUUCUACGAAGCUAUGUAUGCGGACCCGAAAAUAUUCCCUGAACCGGAAAAAUACGACCCCGAAAGAUUUUUGGGCGCCAUGCAUACAUUUGCCUUUGUACCCUUCAGUGCGGGGCCCAGGAACUGCAUAGGUUUCCGCUACGCGUGGGUGGUGAUGAAGUCAACACUGUCCCAUCUACUGCGGAGGUACGAGUUCCUUCCCGGCUCCCCGGGAAUGGAGCCCCAGUUCGCCUACCGCAUCGUCACCGAGUCCAAAAACGGCGUUCAUUUGAAACUACGGAAAAGGAUUCGCUAAAUAUAAUUAAGCUUAGUAUGUACAGGAUAUGGAUUAACUCCUUUGUGAUAGUUGAUAUAGCCCGGGAGCUAGUCGCAAAUUUAGAGCUAUUUGAGGCGAGCUGAAAUCUUGUACCCCUUUCCGUAUUAA